AUGGGAAAUUACGGUGCAAGCUCCCACUGCUGCUCCGGAGACCCUGCAGGUAAGGAGCCGGAAGAUGACGGCCGGGGGGAAGUCAAGCCGGUAGAAGAUCCGCCCUUGCUCCCAGCAAGUCCUAAAACUCCGAAGGAUUCUGAACCUUCGAAUGAUUCAAAAGAAGCCAAUGUGGAACGGAAGAAACUCAGAGCGAGAACCUGGGUGCAAGACGUUCCCAGCAAAGUGCAGACCCUUACAGUGAAGUUAAACAAACUUCCUGGAAAGGAAAAAUCAUCAAAGCUCGGGCUUGACAUAGAUUAUGCAGAGGAAGCAACUGCAAUUCCCAUCGUGGAAGUGAAUGGCGGGCUUGCCGGACAAUGGAAUGAAGAAAAUCCGAUGAGGCUAAUAAGGAGCGGCGAUUGCAUCGUAGCUGUAAAUGGUAUCUCCAAAGAUGUGCCAACUAUGCUCAAGACUUGCAUGACCUCCAAUUCGCUCGAGCUUUUGGUUGUCAAAGGCACCACGGACGAGUCCGGCAUGGAGCCGGUAGCUUCCGGAUUGUUGGCUGCCGAAGGGUACUACCAACAGGUAGAAGCCAAGCAAAUGGCGGCAGCGCAUGCGAGCGCAAAUCCCAUGGAUGACUCCACGAGACAGGCUGCCGGCAGCCAGGCUCAGGCAGAGCAAGUUGCUCCAGAGGACCUGGCAAGGACUCUGGCGCGGAAACGGACUUUGAACUGGUUUGUGCGUGGCUGA